CUACCCUGACCUCCCCCGCCCGCCCUGCAGACAGCAGCCUGGUUCCUGCCCCUGUCUUAUCCGAGGUACGUGACCCACGAGUGAGGAACCACAGAGACCCACCAGGUCCACAGCAGGCCAGGCUGCGCUCCGGACUCGCGGCAGGGCAUGGAGGCGACGCUGGUGCUGGAGCCCGCGGGCCGCAGCUGCUGGGACGAGCCGCUGGGCAUCUUCGUGCGCGGCCUGGCCCCCGGGCAGCCCGUCACGCUGCGCGCGGCCCUGCGCGACGAGAAGGGCGCGCUCUUCCGCGCCCACGCGCGCUACCGCGCCGAUGCCCACGGCCAGCUGGACCUGGCGCGCGCGCCCGCGCUGGGCGGCAGCUUCGCGGGGCUCGAGCCCAUGGGGCUGCUCUGGGCCAUGCAGCCCGAGCGGCCUUUCUGGCGCCUGGUCAAGCGCGACGUGCAGACGCCCUUCGUGCUGGAGCUGGACGUGCUGGACGGACACGAGCCCGACGGCGGGCGGCUGCUGGCCAAGGCGGGGCACGAGCGCCACUUCCUGGCUCCCGGGGUGCGGCGCGUGCCCGUGCGCGAGGGCCGGGUGCGCGCCACGCUCUUCCUGCCCCCAGGCGAGGACCAGUUCCCUGGGGUCAUCGAUUUGUUUGGAAGCGGCGGUGGCCUGUGUGAGUACAGAGCCAGCCUUCUGGCUGGGCACGGUUUUGCUGUGCUCGCCCUGGCUUAUUUCAGGUUUGAAGACCUCCCUGAGUACUUGAGCGAUGUGCGCCUGGAGUACUUUGCAGAAGCCUUGGCCUUUAUGCUGCGGCAUCCACAGGUGGAAGGCCCAAAUAUUGGGCUCCUUGGUUUCUCCAAAGGUGGUGACCUGUGUCUCUCAAUGGCCGCUUUCCUGAAGGACAACAUCACAGCCACUGUCCUGAUCAACACCUGUGUGGCCAACACCAUAGUUCCUCUGCAUUACAAAGGUCUGUUUCUUCCUGACCUUGGCUGUGACCCAACAAAACAGAAGACCAUGGAGUCGGGCCUUUGGGAUUUGGUGGAUAUUUGGAACAAUCCUCUGGAGGAACCAAACCACCGGAGUCUGAUUCCCCUGGAAGAGGCCCAGGGACCCUUCCUGUUUAUUGUGGGCAUGGAUGACCAUAACUGGAAGAGCGAGUUCUAUGCUCACAUAGCCUGCGGACGCCUACAAGCCCACGGAAAGGACAGACCCCAGGUAAUCUACUAUGCAGACACUGGUCACUGCAUUGACCCCCCAUACUUCCCUCCUUCCAUAGUUUCUGUGCAUGCGGUGUUGGGCGAAGCAGUAUUCUAUGGAGGUGAGCCGAGCGCUCACUCAAGGGCACAGGUGGAUGCCUGGCAACAGAUUCAAGCUUUCUUCCGAAAAUACCUCAGUGGUGAAAACCCUGUCAAGCGCAGCAAAAUAUAACGUUGCGGUUAUACUGAGAGCUCUGAUCAUGCCAAGCAGAUUCUUCUGGACUUCCAGAACACGGAGGAGGUUUGGGGUUUGGUUUUGGUUUGGUUUGUCCCAUAUAUCCCAGACUGGGUCUCACAUUCACUGUGUAGACAAGGAUGAACUUCUGGUCCUCCUCUUUGGUCAUACACUAUCAUGCCUAGUGUUAUGUGUUGCCAGGGACAAAACCCAGGGCCUCGUGUCUCCUAGGCAAACAUUCGGCCAACAGAACUGCAUCCCUAGAUCCCUAGGAAGCUUUCCAGCCUCUUUGUAUGGAUCCCACUGAGCCUUUGGAACAAUUCUCCCUCUCGUGGUGCUGGGUUGACUCUCUCCUCUGAACUUGAACUAAUGGAUCUGUUUGACUCUGUGUCUGUAAGACCAACCUUAAUCUUAGGUAAAAGGAUGUAAGAGGGACCUGUCCCACUCCCGCCCCUGGGCUGUCUUUCCUUCCUCUGCUGGGGACUGAUGUGCAUUGCUCUGAAGUCUCAUAUCCCCUCUGAGCCCUAACUGAUGUUAUCUGAGUCUUCAGAACCUACCUGCCAAUGUCACACAACAAGUGGAUUGAUCAGUUUUUAACAUGCCUGAAAUUUACUCAAGACGUCACCCUGAACCCUAGGUACCUCUCAAUGUACUUCUUUUACAUCCACCAUCUUGUCUGGAUUACCAGUCACCGCAUGGUAUUUUCCUGGCUGGGAAAACUGUCUUGAUGUCAAGAUUUUCAUGACUCUGAAAUGUGAGCCCGAGCCUAUGACUUUGGGCACAAAGUUAUGGCCAGGCUGGUCACACCGUCUCUCAUUGUCAUCUGCUCUUACGACAGAUGAGGAGACUAGUUGCUUCACCCUACAGUAGCUGAAGCAUUCUCUAGAGUCCUGCGGUUCCAGAGUAGAGGGUCUUCCCUGAGCACAGGAAAUUCUUCCAAGACUUUAGGACAAACCCCAUGGUUUUCUGGGUGUGCACAAAACCUCUCACCAAACCAAUAGCCAUUCCUAUUCCAACUGAUAAAAAGAAAGGCUCCUCGGCGGUAACGGUGGUCAACCGUGAAACUUUACUUUUGUGUAAUCAUUCACCUUUAUUAUAAUUUUCUCUGAUUGGAAUCCUGGGAUCGCCUGCUUCGACUCAUUCCUGGGCAGACCUGCUGCUGUGGGGGUGCUUGGGAAAAACAGCUACACAAACUUUACAACAUUAGUAAAAUAAGCGCAAAGCAUGGAAGUCGAUUCUCCCAAAUUCUUAGUCAUAUUAAAAGCAUCGAGCGACAGAAAAGUAGCAUCUUCAAGCCGGUUGGUGGCAGUGUACGAGGGAGGCAGAGGAAGGGGGAUCUCUGUGAGUUCGAGGCCAGCCUGGUCUACAAGGCAAGCUGCAGGACAGACAGGGCUACACAGAGAAACCCUGUCUCAAAACCACCCCACAAAAGUAGUGUCUUCAAAGAUGUCUCCGUAGUAGGAAGCUGAUCUGCAUGGCAGGCUCUGCCAGUUACUACAUGAUUGAUCUUGAGCUUGUUGUUAGCCUCUCUAAACCUCAUUUCUUUAUCUAUAAAGUGGGGGGAAAACAAAUACUUCAUUCAGAUAUUAUGAUUAAAUCAGACAAUCCCCAUGAAGCACUUUCAUGUUUUAAUUCAAAAGUAUUAUCUGCUUUUUUUUUUUUUUUUUUUUUUUUUAAUCCUGAUGAGAGACAUUGAAAGCAAGGAGAGUUAAGAAUUACAUCUGGGGCCAGUGAGAUGGCUCAGCAGACAAUGCAAGCCUGAGUUCAAUAACCAGAGUCCAUGAAAAGGCGAAAGGAGAGAAAUGAUUUUAUAAAAUUGUCCUUUGACCGACCGCCAUACCUGCCAUGACAGUGCCCAACAGGUAAACCCCACUCCCUCCCCCCUCUCUCUCUCUGUCUCACACACACAUACACACAUACACGCUUUUUACAAAACCUGGUUGGUGAGAGAACUAAAUCGGUACCCCCCACACCCCGUUAACGUCAUUGAUUAUAUGACACUAUCUAUCCUGAGAUAUUUGUUUUGUUUUAUGUAUAUGAGUAUGCUGUCUUCAUGCACACCAGAAGAAGGCAUCAGAUCCCAUCAUAGAUGGUUGGGAGCCACCAUGUGGUUGCUAGGAAUUGAACUCAGGACCUCUGGAAAGGCAGCCAAUGCUCUUAAUCUCUGAGCCAUCUCUCCAGCCCCCAUCCUGAGAUAUAAUGCUAAGCUGCAUGACGGGAACCACUGGCAAGUUUAAGUCAAGUCACAUCCACAGAAUGAAGGCUCCAAAAGCUGCACCAGAGAGUUUAGAUUCAAACGCUUUGAAAAGUAGUCACUGUUUAACAAUGAUUUAAAAAAAAAAAAAAAAAAAAGACCUGCUAAUAAUUUUCCUUGAAACUCAGCAGCACAAAGCAGACGUGAUCAGCCUAAAAUGAGUUCCCUUUAAAAAAGGGAAACAGCAAGAAGCAAGUCAGAGGUGGCAAUAAGCUAAGAAUAUGGUUCACGGAGGCUGGGAUGUUUCACACUCCCACCGUCACGACAUGGUACCCCCCAAAUAUGUACAAAGUUUCAUUUUUAGGCAUAUUAACAUUUUAAAGAAGAAAAUAUAACCAACUCCAACCUAGUCUUUUCCUUGGUAAACCCAACAUCCUUGAACUCAAGUCUGUCAGGUGACCAAGGGUAAUGGACAAUUCUAAAAGUAAAUACAUGUUUGGGUCAGCUGCUGGCUCUUUGAAAAUACCUGUGCAGCUAGACUUGAUGGUCUACUAAUCCUAACCACUUGGAAGGCUGAGGCAGGAAAAUUACAAGGUCUUCCUGGGCACCAGCACUAGCUCCAGGCUGCCCCCAAUCUACUGGAAGCCCCCUACCCUAAAUUCUCCCUAGUUACAGGAAAAGCCUCUGCUGUCGCAAGGCAGUCUUGAGCUGGCGCGUUCCUGCCUCAUGCAACUCUGCGCUCUACCAUGGCAAAAGCGAAGUCUUGAGCCGACCCAUUUCCCUGCCCAAUUCGCUCCCUCCGUGCUGUUGCUGAGUGCACAUCCUGAACAGGCCCAAAACUCAAGGACAGGUCCAUACAUUCAAGGAACAACUGAAUUGUUCCCUAACCGUAUCCUAACAUCUGUUCGUGGUUUUUCGCUGUAAAAGGAGCCUGCCCCUUCCCGCUGAAGACGCAGAUUCAGCACCCCUCGCCGGCUAGAAGCACACCCCCCAUGGUGAAUAAAGUUGCUACCUGGUUUAA